CCGGGGAGAGGGGCGAGUCGCGUGCGCUCCCCAUUCGCCUGCGGAGCCGCCGCCGCGAAGCACCGACCGAUGGCCCCUGCCCCGCUGCUGCUGCUGCUGCCGCUGCUGCUGGCCGUGGCCCCGGUGCCCCGGGCGGGGGCGGCUCCACCUGGGCACGAGAUCAAGUACCUGCCGGGGCUGCCCAAGCAGCCCGCCUUCAAGCAGUUCUCGGGCUACCUGGACGUCGAGAAGGACAAGCACCUGCACUACUGGUUCGUGGAGGCCCAGGGCAACGCUGCCGACAAGCCCCUGGUGCUCUGGCUGAACGGGGGCCCCGGGUGCAGCUCCGUGGCCGGCUUCCUGACGGAGCACGGCCCCUUCACGGUCCAGCCCGAUGGCGCCUCCCUGGAGUACAACGACUAUGCCUGGAACAAGCUUGGCCACAUGCUGUACCUCGAGUCCCCCGUCGGGGUCGGGUACUCCUAUUCUGACAGCCAGGACUACCGGACCAAUGACACGGAGGUGGCCCGCGUCAACUACCUGGCCCUGAAGGAGUUCCUCCGCCUCUACCCGGAGCACGGCAGCCGGGACCUCUACCUGACGGGGGAGAGCUACGGGGGCGUCUACAUCCCCACCCUGGCCGAGUGGGUCAUGCAGGACCCUGCCCUCAACCUGAAGGGAAUCGCCGUGGGCAACGGGCUGUCCUGCUACGAGACCAAUGACAACUCCCUGGUUUACUUUGCCUACUAUCACGGCCUCCUCGGGAGCAGGCUCUGGGCGGACUUGCAGGCCUUCUGCUGCUCGGCGGGGAAGUGCAACUUCCACGACAACAAGGACGCGAACUGCACGCUUGCGAUGGCGGAGACGAUCCGCAUCGUGGACGAGUCGGGCCUCAACAUCUACAACCUGUACGCCCCGUGUGCUGGCGGAGUGCCCGGGAGAUACAGGUACGACAACGGCGUGCUGGUCACUCACGACAUGGGCAACAACUUCAUCUGGCAGCCGCUGCGCUACACCUGGCGGCAGAACCUGUACAUGCUGCCAGCUGCCCGGAAGCGUGUGCGGCUGGACCCCCCCUGCACCAACACCACGGCCCCCUCCACCUUCAUGAACGACGCCCAGGUGCGCAAGGCUCUGCACAUCGUGGACGGGGCCCCGGAGUGGCAGAUGUGCAGCUUUGCCGUUAGCCGGGGCUACAAGCGACUGUACAUGAAGAUGAAUGACCAGUACCUGAAGCUGCUGAGUGUCAUGAAAUACCGCAUCCUGCUGUACAACGGGGACGUGGACAUGGCCUGCAACUUCCUGGGCGACGAAUGGUUUGUGGACUCGCUGCAGCAGAAGGUGGCCGUGUCUCGGCGCCCCUGGAUCUUCACCGAUGAGAACGGGCAGGACCAGAUCGGGGGCUUCGUGAAGGAGUUCGCCAACAUCGCCUUCCUCACCGUCAAGGGUGCAGGCCACAUGGUGCCCACGGAUAAGCCGCGCGCAGCCUUCAGCAUGUUCAAGCGCUUCAUCACGCAGCAGCCCUACUAGCCUGGGGCCCACGGCAUGGCCUCCACCCCACAGAGACCGCUUCCCGCUUGGGCAGUGGGUGCGAGCCCCGCCGGACUGUGCAGCCAGUUGGACUCCGGUGGGACCGCCGCGUCCGCCCGUUGCUGCCGGGGGGGCGGACGUGGGGCGUACCGUCACAGCCCUCCCGCCCGUGGCUCUGGGCUGCCAGGACGAUGGCGGGGCGGGCGCCUGCACAGACUGCUCUGCGGCUGGACGGGCCCUGCGCACCGCUGCCUUGCACUCUCGCACUGUUCUCGGGGAGCAACCGCCGCCGCCCCGAAGGGACCACUCCUCGCCUCAGUUCUCUGCCUUGCAGAGGGGGCUGCCCGAAGCCGGCUCCCUCUCGAACCACGCCACCAGACUGUGGCCACCCCACGCCAUUAAACCUUGUUCCGAA